UAGGUUGGAAGGUGUGGUUGCGUCACAACUAACCGUCCACGAUGAGGUUCUUCAUUAUUCCUCUGCUCUUGGCUGCGGCCACCAGCGCCGAAGUUUUCCAUUUCGCCGGUCAACAAGGCCAGUCCUCCGUCUACGGAGUUCGUGGUGCUGUUACCGUCGGAGUUGAGAAACUCACCGGCGAGAAGACUGCCCUCGAAUACAACGGUACUCUCGCCCUCGAGCAGGUCCGUGAGGGAGAAUACCUCGCCAAGUUCACCCAGUUCACUCUUGGAAAGUACGACAAGAUCAACAGGAAUAUCCGCGAUGAAACUCUCGGCAAUCUCAAGCCUGAAGAACAGCGUCUCGCAAAGACCCUUCGUGAACAGGGUCAAUACGAGCAGCAAAUGCAGAAGCCUGUCAAGUUCUUCAUGAAGGAAGGCAAGGUUGUCCGCAUCGAAGCCGAGAAGGAGCACCAACAGUGGUCCCUCAACAUCUUCCGCGGAAUCUUCACCCUCCUCCAGAACCAGGUCCGCAAACCCACCUCCCUCGCUGUGCCCGCCAUUGAGUACAAGUACGAGGACGGUAUCACUGGAAACUGCAAGGUCCAGUACGAGAUCCUCUCUCAGCCCGAUGAGUUCUACGGUCACGCUACCGAGGUCUACAACAUGACCAAGACCGUUGACUACAAGGAUUGCCUUGCCCGUCCCGUGUACCGUCAUCUCAAGGACGUUCCUCGCGGCUGCGCUGGUGUCUGUGACAACCACAAGCCCGAGAACUUCCUCGCCAAGUACGAUGAGGAGAAGACCGACUACGAGCUCAAGCCCACUCCCGGAUGUCCCGCCAACCAGCAGCGUCAGGAUUCUCUUGUCACUGUUAACAGCAUCGCCAAGUACAAUGUUAGCGGUGGUCGUCUCGAAGAGGCUCGCGCUCAGUCUACCGAUGUGUACCAUCUGUUCGGUGGCGAGACCGAGGUCUUCACCCGUCUCCAGCUCCGUCUCCGUAAUACUCAGGGACCUAAGAUUCAGGAACCCCAGAAUGUCCAGACCUACACCACCCUCCAGCAACGCCUUCCCGCUCAGGCGGAGAAGGAGCUUGACAUCCCCGUCUAUGCUCUCAUGAGGGAACACAACCAGCACCAGAAGUACCCCGAGAACUUCGGAAAGCACUUCGAUGCCAUCAUCGGUGAACUCCAGCAGAUCCAGCACCAACAGAACCAGCAGGGUCAGAAGUACGGUCACGAACAGAAGGCCUACAACACCCCCGCCUACAUGGUCGAACUUCUCCAGGCCGUCUCUGGCAUGACUGAGGAGGAACUCAGGCAGACCAUCCCUGGAGCUCUUCGUCAUCAACAGACCAAGCAACUGUCUGAGGAAGAGCAGCUCCGUCGUCAGCUCUGGAUCGAACUCAUCGGCAAGGCCGGUUCCAAGACCGCUGUUAAGCUCGCCGUCGAAUUCAUAAAGAACAAGACCUUCACUCCCUCUGAAGCUCGUCGUGUCCUUCAGGACAUCGCUGGUUUCCAAUCUUACCCCGACACCGACAUGAUCGAACAAGUUCUCGGUCUCUGCACCAUGAACGAGGGGCUUACCCCCACUGGCAAGGCCACCGCCUGUGUUGCCGCCGGUAAGAUCAUCUCCAAGGGUUGCGACUCACAGGUCUACCAACGGGCCCAGAAGGAACAGCGACAGAGGAAGCGCUCCGACGCUACUCAACGCUCUGAACAAGAGCCCGAGAACGAGGAGUACGAAGAAUCCACCGGACACCCGGCUAUCAAGCCCCAGCUUCGAUGCACCCCCGAGAAGCUCCAGCAGUACGUCGAGCGUCUCUCUCAGGCUCUCCGUCAAUCGACCGACUUCAAGCAGGUUGUUGCCUACAUCAACGGUCUCUCUAAGAUCCAGAAGCCCGAAGUUCUCCGUCACCUCAUCGGUUACGUGAACGGAACCGCCCACAACAUGCACCAGCUCCGUGAUCAGGGUGAGCAGCAGAACGAGUCCGCUGAAUUCGUCCGUCGUGUGGCCAUCAUCUCCCUCCGCGAUGUCGCCACCAAGUACCCCAAGGAAAUCAACCCCAUCGUUCGUGUCAUCUACCAGAACACCACCGAGAACGUUCAGACCCGUAUCCUUGCCUUCGACGUCUGGAUGAACACUCAGCCCGCCCAAUGGGAAGUUGAGAAGGUCAUGCAGGUUGCCAACAAGGACACCUCUGCCGAACUCACUCACUACGUCUACACCGCUCUCAAGACCGCCAUGCACGCCGAAGAGCCCUGCUACCAGCUCCUCGCCCAGCGCAUCCGUGCUGCCUGGACUCAGAUCCGUCCCUUCGACUCCGGCAUGAAGUACUCUCAGUUCCGUUCGAAGUCGAUCUACAACCCCAUUGAAGACUUCGGUUUCCGUGGUAUCUCGAAGGUCAUCACCUCCAACACCACCUUCUUCCCCACCUACACCCAGGCCAAGCUUGAGCAGAUCCGUGGUCCUUACAUGAAGACCCUCUUCGGUGCCAAGUUCCUCGUCAAGGGCGGCGACAAGAUCUGGGACGAACUCACCGGCAAGGAUGGACUCCUCGAGCGCAUCGCUCACGCCAUCAACGGUCAAGUCAAGACUGGUGAACGUCUACAGCAGACCGAGCAGCUCCUCAAGGAUAUCGCUCAAGGCAUGGACAUCAAGAACUUCGACAAGGAAACCCCCAAGGCCGUUCUCUUCUGGAAGCUUUUCUCUGGCGAAGUCGUCAUCCCCAUCGAUGCCGAAUACGUCAAGGAACUCAAGCAGGAGCUUCUCCAAACCGUCACCAAGGUCGGCAAGGAGGGUCUCACCGGACACUAUUUCCGAGUCUAUGUUCCCACCAAGGCGUUCCACGUUGAGCCCACCACUGUCGGUCUCCCCGUUGUCCACUCCACCAUCCACCCCAUAGUGAUGUCCGUCCGUUACGCGAACGUCAAGCUCAACUACAAGAACCAGCAAGGCCGUCUCCUCCCUGAGACUUUCGAGCUCACCGGUUCCAUCAAGCCCACCGUCCUCUCCUACCGUCAAAUCUCGCGUCUUCGUCACCGAGAAAGCCCGGAAAGCUCAAACCCCACUUUCAAGACCACCGACAUCAAGGAGUUCAACCUCGGUCUCUCCUUCAAGAUCGCUUUCGAACACGGUCAACGUCGUCUCACCGUCAACUUCAAGCCCCACUUCGAGCGUGUCCUCCACUCUGGUCACUGCACUGAGCUCAAGCUCCAGAAGAACACCAUUGUCGAUGAGAAGCCCCGUACCAACGUCAUGAGCUACGACAACUGCAUCAAGUCCCUCUACGAGCCCAUCCGUCACGAGAAGCAGAUCGGUGGUCGCUGGUCCGGUAUGGUCCUCCGUCUCACCGGUGAAUCUCACCAGCCCUGGUCCGGUCUUCCGCUUUUCGGCUCCAAGGACGCCCACCGUAACGGAGUUAUCGGCGCCCUCCUCAACCGUCUCGCCAACAAGGGCAUGAAGCACCACGCCAUGUCCCUCUACCUCGAGACCGACAAGCAGCAACCCAUGAACGAAUGGUCCGCCGUCAUCGACAUGGACUCGAACAUCGAGGCUCUCGCCAAGACCCCCCUCGACCAACAGGCCCAGAAGGCUCAGAAGGUCAAGGUUCAAUACCAGCCCCGUCGUCAGGAGCAACUCGACUCCGAACUCCGCUCCGUUCUCGAGAAGGUCGAGACUCUCCUCCAGAAGCUCUCCGGCAAGAUCCAGGAGACCACUCUCGAGAAGCAACUCCUCGUCAAGCUCGAAGGUCGCUACCAAGGUCAACCGAAGAACACCAUCAAAAUCGCCAUGAAGAAGGUCUACAACCUCGAGAAGACCCAGCAGAAGUUCGCUCUCGCUGCCGAAUCCCAGGAGUCCCGCAAGGGAAUCGAACUCUUCGCCAACGUUUCCUGGCCCAAGAUGCCCACUCCCUUCCACUUCGACCCCACCCACAACGCCGCCGAUGAGCGCAUGAACGGCACCCUCUACGCUAAGCUCCAGGGCCAGCAAGAGCAGACCUACCGCGUCAAGUUCCAGGCCACCAAGUCCGAAGAACAGCGCAAGGGAUCCGAACUCAAGCACUUCGAGAUUCGCUGUCUCGCUGAGCAGAAGUCCGGAUACGCCAUGUCCGACUCCUGCGAGAAGGCCAUCCUCAAGGACAACUCCCUCGACCGCAUGGAGAUGACCGUUGAGCUCCCCGAAAACGUCCACCCCAAGAUGAGGCAGCUCGCCAAGCAGACCCUCACCGCCGUCAAGUACGCCAUGUACCCCAACAUGCAGUCUGACAUCUCUGGCCGUCAACAACAACAACAGCAGCAGCGUGGAGACAAGCAACAGAUCUACAUCUCCGCCAACACCACCCGCGAAUCCCAAUGGUCUCUCCUCCACAACAUCCGCAUUGAGAUGCCCCGUGAGAACGUGACCUUCUCUAACAUCCGCAUUCCCGGAUUCCGUCCCGCUCACGUGCAGCUCACCCUCAAGCAGCAGCUCGAGCACGUCGCCACUCGUGGCGGAAGCGAGCCUCGCUGCAUCGUCGCCUCGACCGGUGUCCGCACUUUCGAUAAGGUUCCCUUCCAUCUCACCGUCAAGGACGGUUGCGAAUACCUCCUCACCCGCGACCAGACCCAGGGAUCGUCGGACUUCAUCGUCACGUUCAAGGUCAAGAACGAGCAGACCCACGCUAAGCAGGUUCGCAUUCAGCUCCGAAACUCCAUCAUCGAGCUCGAGCCCUUCGUCAGCUCUGACAAUCAAUUCAUGAUUGGUUUCAACAACACCAAGCACGUCAUGACAAUCGGCAAGGUCCUCGUCUUCUCCUACGGUGGCAACGAUCGCGUGUUCAUCGGAGCCAAGGAAACCUCCACCUACAACAGCCUCCCCAUCGUCUACGUCUACACCGAAUCGAAAAACUUCGAGGUCGUCUUCGACGGAACCACGAUCGGAACCAAGAUCGGUGCCAAGUACCACGGUCACGUCAACGGAAUCUGUGGUAACUACGACAACGAAAAGACUCACGAGUUCGUCGGUCCUAACGGUCACGAGUACCAACACGCCAACGAGUUCAUCGCCUCCUACGGCGUCGGUCAGGACUGCAAAGUUCCCAAGGAGGACAUCAAGGAGAAGAUGAUGGAGAAGCUCCAACACGAACUCAAGCAGAUCCGUCAACAGGAAAAGCAGAAGAAGGAUCAGAAGCGCGAGCACAUGACCCAGGAGACCCACUACCGGAAGCAGCCCCAAUACUGGCAGGAGGAGAUGAAGGAGUUCUUCCACGAGAACCAGAGGAUGGACUACGACGAGCCCACCGGUCAGGACGACCAGAGCAACCACCAGGUCCUCAGGACCUACGUCUCCUCCCAGCAGGAUCUGUUCUGCUUCAGCGUUGAGCGCGUCCCCACCUGCAAGCCCGGCUACCACAAGGAAGGCGUUCUCCGCACCGAGCAGGUCGACUCCGUCUGCCUGAAGAAGGGCGACUCCGCCGCCCAGCACGCCCUGCAGAAGAUCCGCAAACACGAGAACGUUAACGUGUCCGAACUCGAGCACAAGUCCGUGAAGCACACCACCGUCACCGUUAGCAUCCCGAAGUGCGUUCGUCGAUGAAUCAUCCCAUCGAUGUAGUUCAAUAAAAUCGCCAGUUUAGCGCAAUAAAUCGCUCGGUUGAGCUAGGGUUUU